AUGGGAAACGAAGUAUCAACACAAAGGGUUACCUUUGGUUCACGUCCACCACUUCCACCGUACAAGCAAGUUCAACAAGAAGCCUCCCUGAAUAAAGAUACUCUCUCCACCAACAAACGCGAACGUGAGGAUUCUGAAGAAGAUCACUCAAGUCAAAAUGUCAGCAAACGCAGGAAAUUGCACCAAGACGAGAAUGGUAGCCAUAACAUUCUCACUUCUAAGUCUUUGAUAGUCAUCCUGAGAUGUGAUUCCUUAUCAUCACUUCAGAGUGUGUCUCAACAAAAAAACCCCAUGAGAACAAAGAAAGACAGUGGUUCCAGUAGAGAAGAAAACAACCCCCGUGCAGUUCUAAAAGGGUUGGUCAAACAAGAACUCGAGUACAUAAACAGGGAGAAACAAAAUCGAAGACGCUUGAGAAGGCAACGGGAAAAAGCAAUGGCCAGCAAUCCUGGACGUGAUCCGAUCGGAACCCCAUCUUCGGCCGAUCUACAGACUAACAUCUCGACUGAUUUUUCAACUGUUUCAGAGCGUACAGCUUCUGCUGCGAAUAAAGACGUUAAGAUCAAGGAGAGUCCCGAGAUUAGAAUGAAGUUCAGAUUCAAAACUUCCCCAAAUAAAAGUGCAUCAACAAGCUCUGCUGCUGCCGAGAACAAGGAUCAACUGAUCGUGAAGUUGAAGUUGCCAAAAGAACUAAUGGAUAUCUGA